UCCCCCAAGGGGGGCCGGCAGGCUGGGCUCGUUCCCGGCGCUUCGGAGCACUACCUCGCCUGCCUGUGGCGCCUUUGGGGAUGCGAGGGGCGGAGGAGUCGCCUCUGCCUCUGUCGCCGCCGCCGCCGCCGCCGCCCAUGCCCAUGCCCAUGCCCAUGGCCGCUCCCCAGGCUCUCGCUGGUGGCCGCGGAGAGGCGCCGGAGGACGAGCCGGCGCGAGCCGAGGAGGAGGAGGAGAGAAGCAGCAGCUGCUGCUGUAGUAGCGAGCGCCUGGUGAUCAACAUCUCCGGGCUGCGCUUCGAGACGCAGCUGCGCACCUUGGCCGUCUUUCCGGACACGCUGCUGGGCGACCCGAGCCGCCGGGUGCGCUACUUCGACCCGCUGCGGAACGAAUACUUCUUCGAUCGCAACCGGCCCAGUUUUGAUGCCAUCCUUUAUUACUACCAGUCCGGCGGGAGGCUUCGCAGACCCGUCCAUGUGCCCUUGGACAUCUUCAUGGAGGAGAUCCGCUUUUAUCAGCUGGGCCAGGAGGCCAUCGAGACCUUCCGAGAGGACGAAGGCUUCAUUCAGGAGGAAGAGAAACCCCUGCCCCAGCAGCACUUCCAGCGCCAGGUGUGGCUGCUCUUUGAGUACCCGGAGAGCUCUGGCCCCGCGAGGGGUAUCGCCAUCGUCUCGGUUUUAGUCAUCCUCAUCUCUAUUGUCAUCUUCUGCCUGGAGACCUUGCCUGAAUUUCGCCAGGAGAGUAAAGGGCCAUCUGUGAAUUACGGAGAUAGCAGCCAAAUGGGCUUUCAAGAGAACCUCCAGGAGGAGGACCUCUUUUUCUUAGUCCCCCAUCAGCCUGGCAGAGGGACUCCAACACCUGUUCCACCCCAGAUGGGUGCCAGUCCAUUUUUCACUGACCCUUUCUUCCUCAUUGAAACGCUUUGCAUCAUCUGGUUCUCAUUUGAGCUGCUGGUCCGCUUCUUUGCCUGCCCCAGCAAGCCUGAGUUCUCCAGGAACAUCAUGAACAUCAUUGACAUUGUCGCCAUCAUCCCUUACUUCAUCACUUUGGGCACUGAAUUGGCACAAGAGCAACAGAAGAAGGAGCAGCCGGGCAGCACCGGCAAUGGAGGGCAACAGCAAGCCAUGUCUUUAGCCAUCCUGAGGGUCAUCCGCCUGGUCCGGGUCUUCCGGAUCUUCAAGCUCUCCAGGCAUUCCAAGGGGCUGCAGAUCCUUGGAAAGACCCUGCAAGCCAGCAUGAGGGAACUGGGGCUGCUGAUCUUCUUCCUUUUCAUUGGAGUGAUUCUGUUCUCCAGCGCUGUGUAUUUCGCUGAGACUGAUGACCCUGACUCUUUGUUCACGAGCAUCCCUGAUGCCUUCUGGUGGGCAGUAGUGUCCAUGACCACUGUUGGCUAUGGAGACAUGUAUCCUAUGACUAUUGGGGGCAAGAUUGUUGGGUCAUUGUGUGCCAUCGCUGGUGUGCUGACAAUUGCCCUUCCGGUCCCUGUCAUUGUAUCCAACUUCAAUUACUUCUACCACCGAGAGACGGACCAAGAAGAGCAGUCCCAGUAUUCUCAUGUCACUUGUGGCCAGCAGCAGUCUCCCUUCUCUGAGUCCAAAAAGGAGGUCAGCUGCAACCAGUCUCUCAGCAAGUCUGACUUCCUGGAUGCAGAGGAGGUAGAAUCCUUGAAAUAUGCUAACUGGAUUCCAACCACCAACCAGGCUUAUAAAGAGAAUAAAUUGUUGACAGAAGUGUGAUCGGCUCGCUCUUGGGAUGUGAGGAAGGCCUGGGAGGGUCUCUACAGCUCUGUCGAGCUCAGAGCAGCCGGCUGGCUCUCAGCUGUGUAGCUUCCAAUGGCAGUCAGCCAGCUAGCCAGUCGUUUCCAUGCUUUAGAAGUGAAGGGAUCACAGAAACGCUCAUCUGCCUGGAUGGAAAUUACUUGUGCUUCUUGAAGGAAAACGGCUGCUGAUUUGGAUUCCUCAUUUGCUUUGCCUCAUUAGCUUCUGUAAUCAGUUGCUUUAUUCUCUCGUACAGUCACACAGGAGCACUGGUUGUGUAUCUGUUAUCAAUACCUUCCUCGAGGUGAGAAAAAUUAGUUUCAGCAGCUGCCCUAUGAGGAUAUUAUCUCGUCUAGAAACAGCGGUAGACCAAGCCAAGCAGUGGGAUUAGGUGUCGGCUGCAUGGGCUUUGGACACCUCUGGCUGAGACUGUGUCCAGGAGUUUCCUGCCCAGUAAUACAUCCUUUGCUGCUAAAUUAUUUCCAGCCUUUGAACUGUUGCCUUCGAGUGAGGGAAGCUCUGUAUCUAGAACUGUAGUGUGUAAUGUCACACUUUUUUUCCCCAAAAAUUGUGUCGUAUCAUGGCAGGCUUGUUUGUGGAUGUACAGCUCUGAAAAACAGAUUUGGUUGUGGUGAAACUCAAUGUUCACUUGUGGCUAACUAGGGGGAAAAGGAGGGGCUCGAGUGCUUUUUGCCAUCCAUGUGAAGAUUAAUUCUGCCCAUUUUCCUUCCCCCAUCUUCUCUGCAUUUUACUAUAUGCAAUAAGAGCAUAAUAUAUGCAACAGGGGAAAUAACAUUUCUGUGGGGUUUUCCCCUGAUGUUAGUUUACGUUCUAUACGACUGAACUGAGUGACAGGCAGAGGAUGUAUUCCACACUUUCUCUUUGGAGAAGCAGAAUCUGGGAUGGAGGAGGGAUGUUUGGUUUCUCCAACAGAAGCUCCUUUCCCCUGCUCCAUACAAGUGAAGGGACAUUUUCUUGCCAUUUACUGUAAUGGGGAGAAAAAGGUUGUGAUCAUGGAAAGGUAUUUGUAUUAAUCAUCUUCGGUUUUGGAGUCUGUAAUUUGAAGGAGUGAGAGAGGAGAGCUGCAUCUCCCCACCCUGCAUAGAAGAUUUCCUAUUAGCCUGGAGUGGCUGGAAUUGUGGUUGCAAUCUGCUGAGCCCCUCCUAUCAAAAACAGUGAACGAAGAACAGCAAAGCCAGUCCUUGUUAUUACUACUCUGUGUGCAGCAUGCAUUGAACUUUUAAGCCUACAUUACUUCAUUUUUUUAUUCCAAGACCAUGUCUGUGGACCAGAUUACCAUAUUCUAGCUGGAGAGAACAGUAUGAAAUGUAAAGCACUCCAAAUGAAACUUAUGUUACAUCCUAUGUGUCUUGUUUUUGAAUAGAUUUUGUGGUAGGUUGAGUGUUUGAAGUGGUGAAGAUAUAUAUAAGAUUAAAAGGGCUAAUGCAGUGAUGUUAAAUUGUAUGUUAUAGAUAGCAUGCCAUUAGAA